ACGAUACCAUAAUAUUUCUAAUUCACAGUAUAUAUGUCCGAAUGAUGAUGAGGAGGCUGAUCGUUUGAUACGAACUCAUGAAGCAUUAAAAAAUUUUUGGGGAGGAUUAUUCCAUUCACCAGUUGAAGAGAAACUGAGACGGGGAGCUCAGGUUGUCGAUAUUGGAUGUGGACCAGGCGUAUGGCUUUUGGAUAUGGCGAAAAAGUAUCCCAAAUCUCAUUUUGUAGGAAUAGAUUUCUCACCAAUUUUUCCAACAGAUGGUCUUCCUGAGAAUCUAGAAUUUGUCAAUUGUAACUUUUUAGAUGGUUCACCUUUCAACGACUCCUAUUUUGAGUUUACACACCAGAAAUUUAUGAUUGCAGCCUACACAGAAGAACAAUGGGAAGAAAAAGCUAUUCCUGAAUUGCUACGAAUAACCAAACCAGGUGGAUGGAUUGAAAUUGAGGAAGGUGAUGCAGCUAUAACAUCUAAUGGAAAUUCUACACAACGUAUUGCAAAUGCCAUAAAGAAUUACUUCAAAUCAAAAGAUCUGAAUUGGAAAAUUGGCGAAUCUAUUCCUCUUCUUUUUGAAAAAACCAAUGCCUUCUCAGAAAUUAUAAAUAAGAAAAGAACCUCUGCUUUCGGUAAAAAAGGCGGUAUAACAGGUCAAGAG